UCCUUUUCUUUUUCCUUCUCUUUCAUCUUCUUUAGUUAUUUUGUUGAUAAUUUAAUUUUUUUUUCUUUUUAUGUACUUAUCAUAAUAAAGGUUGGUGUCUAUGUAGGGAUUGAAGUUGAGUCUCCACUAACAUUGACCAGUCAAAGCGAUGACCUCUGAGGUUCCUGUACUGAGCCGCAUGGAUCCAGAUCCAGGGAGGUGUAGAAGAACCGAUGGGCGGAAAUGGAGGUGUCGUUUAGCAGUGCUUCCUGAUAGGAAAUACUGCGAGCGUCAUGUAAACAGAGGUCGCCAACGUUCAAGAAAGCACGUGGAAGCUGGUCAAAGUGUUUUAAAGUCAAAGCCAACUGCAACGGCCUUCAUACCAAAUCUCGGAUCUGCUGCAAAGACCAAUGCUAUAAAACAUACUAAAGUUGGUAUCAAGGAUCAAAGCUUUAAAAUGAAGAAACCUAGCAAGGAAUCUUGUGCACCCCAUGAUAUCAGUUUCUUCCACGAAAGUGUUAUUCAACAUGGUAAAGUUCCGACCUCAAGCAGCAUACAUAGCAGUGAUCUUGCAGUAGCUGAAUCUGCAAGAUGCAGAAGAUCAGAUGGAAAAAAUUGGCAGUGCAGCAAAAGGGCACUCGCGAAUCAGAAAUACUGUAUGCAGCAUAUGCACAGAGGGACUGAAAAGGCUGUGAAUAGUCAAAACUCAAACACCAGUCUUCCGUUUGAAGUGGGUGUGAGUUCUGAACAAAAGGGUGAUGAUGGAAACCGACCAAUCGACUCCAGCAGUAGUAGUGACGACAAUGGAGGUUGUCCAAAUGGUGCAGUCCUUGAAAGUGGCAGUGAUACCACCACAGUCUCUAUAUAACCAACCUUUGAAAAUUUCUUACUUGAUUGUCUGAAAAAUUAAGUCGUCUGUAGCUCGAGCCCAUUUUGUCUUUUGCUAUUAUGUGGUUAACUUUGCUUAAUGACUGUAGUUCAGUUGGUUCUUGGAACCAUAAACCAAACCAUCUCUGGUUGUAGCUUUUGAGUUGUAAAAUAUGUAAACUGAAUGGAAUGGUUCAGCCCCAGUGUUUAUCUUCUGUUGUUUUUCGUUGAUAACUGGUUUGGUUUUUUUGUUAUUAAACCAUAAUUAGUA